AUGGGUGUGACAGAGAAGAUUAAAGAGAUCGAGGCCGAAAUGGCCCGUACUCAGAAGAACAAGGCCACAGAGUACCAUAUUGGUCUGCUUCGUGCGAAGCUGGCCAAGCUGCGAAUGCAGCUGCUGGAGCCUGACAAAAAGGGUGGCAAGCCUGGCGAGGGCUUUGACGUGAUGAAAUCGGGCAGUGCGCGCGUGGUACUGAUUGGUUUCCCGUCGGUAGGUAAGUCGACGUUGCUGUCCACCAUUACGGAGACGGAGAGCGCGACGGCUGCCUAUGAGUACACGACAUUGACGGCCAUUCCGGGUGUGCUGGAGUAUGAGGGUGCACGUAUUCAGCUGCUGGAUCUUCCAGGUAUUAUCGAAGGUGCAGCGCAGGGCCGUGGUCGUGGGCGCCAGGUUGUUAGUGUGGCCAAGACGGCCGAUCUGGUUAUGAUAAUGCUGGACGCCACGAAGUCUUCGCAGCAGCGCCCGAUGCUCGAAAAAGAGCUCGAGGAUGUAGGCAUUCGCCUGAACCAGACCAAGCCCGACGUGGUCCUGAAAAAGAAGUCGGGCGGGGGUAUCGUUGUGACCAAGGCCAUGGGCCUCACGCUGACCAAGAUUGACGAGAAGAUGAUCCGUUCCAUUCUGCAGGGCUACAAGAUCCAUAACUGUGACGUGAUGAUCCGCGAGGACAUAAGCGUGGACCAGUUCAUUGAUGUGCUGCUGGGCAACCGCAAGUACGUGCCGUGCCUGUAUGUGUACAACAAAAUCGACGGUAUCAGCAUGGAGGAGAUGGACCGCUUGGCGAAUGAGCCGCGCAGUGUGGUCAUUAGCUGCAAUCUGAACCUGAACCUGGACUACCUGGUCGAGCGGAUCUGGGAGGAGCUGAAGCUCCUUCGCAUCUACACAAAGAAACGCGGCGAGCAUCCGGACCUGACGGACCCGAUCGUCGUGCGCCGUGGUGCCACCAUUGAGCAUGUGUGUCAUGGCGUGCAUCGUGCGCUGGUCGACAAGUUUGCCUACGCGAUGGUGUAUGGCAAAUCCAGCAAAUUCCCGCUUGCACAAAAAGUGGGUCUGAACCAUUUGGUCGCGAACGACGACGUUGUGACAAUUUUUACGCCCAUGUCGCGCUCGUCGCGCCCGUCUUCGUCGGAGGGGAGUUCACGGACAUCGCGCCCUGUACUGCGAUAUGGGCUACUAGCGCUGGCCGUAGUGGCGGCUGCUGUGGCAAUACUUGUGAGCCGCGACCAGUGGCAUAUGCGCCACGCUCGCUCGCUCAUGGACAUUCUUGAUGACCCCAUCGAGGCGCUGCAGUUGUCGUCGCUCAAGUACGACUCACUGGUCCCCAAGGACCUGCGCAAGAACCUGGAAGACAUACUCACCAAGACGUCCAAGUGGUCCGAGACGAUUGAUUUCCAGGUGGGCUGGGAGUUGGCGAAGCAGGGGGCGAAGCCAGAGCACCCGGUGGUGCUGAUUCCCGGCAUUGUGAGCACUGGUCUGGAGAGCUGGACGACGACCGACGAGGAGUCGGCGUACUUCCGCCGCCGUCUGUGGGGCUCUACGUCGAUGCUGCGCAGCGCCCUGUUCGACAAGGAGAAGUGGGUGAAGCACCUGAUGCUGGACCCUGAAACAGGCCUGGAUCCCGAGGGCAUCCGUGUGCGGGCCGCGCAGGGCCUGGAUGCUGCGAGCUACUUUGCGGCGGGCUACUGGGUCUGGAGCAAGAUCAUUGAGAACCUCGCAGCGGUCGGGUACGACAUCAACCAGAUCUAUCUGGCCGGGUACGACUGGCGGCUGAGCAUGUACAACCUCGAGGAGCGCGACCACUUCUUCACGCGUAUUGUGACGCAGGUGGAAAUGAACAAGAAGAUUUUCGGGAAGAAGACCGUGCUGAUCUCACACAGCAUGGGCGGCACGGUGGCAUUCUACUUCCUCAAGUGGGCUGAGUACCACCUUGGUGCCGCGUGGAUCGACAAGAAUGUGGAAGCACUCGUGAGCAUCUCUGGCACGCUGCUGGGCGUGCCCAAGGCGAUGCCUGCGCUCAUGACCGGUGAAAUGCGCGACACUGUGCAGGUGCCGGCGAUGCUCGCGAACCUGCUCGAGAGCUUCUUCAGCUCGCGCGAGCGCGCGCAGCUCUUCCGCUCGUGGGCCGGCAGUGCGAGCAUGCUCGUCAAGGGCGGCGACGUGGUGUGGGGCAACGCAGAUGGCGCGCCCGAUGACAUGGACAAUGCUACGGUGACGCAUGGUGUAAUGAUGGAGUACCAGCCCAAGCCGGAUCAGAACGUGUCUACGAAGCUGACCGUGUCGGGUGUGCAUGACUGGCUGCGCCAGAACGCGCCCAAGGCGUUUGAGAACAUGCUCGCGACGAACUACUCGUACGGCUUUGAGCGCAGCGCGCGGCAGAUCCGCAAGAACAAUGCUGACUUUACGAAGUGGUCGAAUCCGCUGGAGGCGGCGCUGCCGGAAGCACCGCACUUGAAGGUAUACUGCCUGUACGGCUACAACCAACCGACAGAGCGCUCGUAUUGGAUGCACCAGCUGCCGCCGGACGACGAGAAGCUCAAGCUCAACCCAGAGCACCCUCUGAUGACGCAGUCGCUGAACAAUGGAUCGAACGCCAAGUCGCUCUCCCUGUCGCGCAUCGAUGCCUCUGUCACCCGCGAGAACGAGAUCCCGGCCAUUAAGCAGGGCGUGCGUAUGGGCGAGGGCGACGGCACUGUGUCUCUCUUGUCCCUUGGCGCCAUGUGCGUCGAGGGCUGGAAGCACAAGCGCUACAACCCUGCCAACAUCAAGGUGGUCACGCACGAGGUGUUCCACGAUCCAGCCGCCUUCGACCUUCGAGGCGGUGGCUCGUCAGGUGACCACAUAGACAUUCUCGGCUCGCACGAGCUGAACGACGCCGUCGUGCGUGUCGCCACGGGUCUGGGGCACACCGUCGAGGAGCGCAUCCUCUCGCCGAUCCGCACGUAUGCGGCGCGCAUCGCUUGGUAG